CAGAGUCUAGCUGGAUGCACUUUGCCCGACGAGCGCUUCUUCCGCUAACAACAAUGCCAGAAGUCGGAGUUUGUGAGGAUGAAGACUGGAACGAGCCUGUCGAUCUAUUCUCAGCCGAUGGUGCACCGCUUUCUACGCCUAAGCCAGAUAUUGCCAUAGGUCUCAAGCCGAGUGACCCAACAAACAAUGCUACAUCGGAGCAGAUACACAAAAUUUUGCCCAUGAGCGAAGAAUUUCUCGAAGCAAUUCGACUUCGUAAGGGCCUUCAUCCGUGGCCGUCCCUCAGCAUUCCCGAUGUUGCGUUUCCUUGCUUCAUUUUCGAGGCCAAAUCUGACUCAAGCGUCCUUUUUUUUGCCGAGAAUCAAGCGGCGGGCGGGGUCGCAAAAGCUCUGAAGAUACUGGAAGGGCUCGAACGAGAAUUUCAAGAGGUUGGCGGCACGCUCGAGCACCCCUUGCCUGUGAUCGCGGCUUGCACCCAAGGCGCGUUGUGGGAGGUCUUGCUCGGUUUCAGAAUAGGGCUGGAAGCCAAUCAUUGUGGCAUUCAUCUCGUGCAGCUUUGGCUCGGGCAAACGACAGAUAAGUGGGGGCUUCUUCAGCUUCAGAUCAUCCUCGCACAAAUCGUGCUUUGGAUCAGUCAUACAUAUCGUCCCAAGGUCGAGGAUAUGCUAGAGCGAAUACGGCAAUCUUUCCCGAUUCACGGCUGAGAUACACACUUAUGUUAUGAGUCUUCUCUUCAUUUAGAUUAAUGCUGUGUUGGCGAAGUUGCUACGAAGCCAAUCUUUAGAGAACUCUUUAGAGAACCUCAUGGACACAUUACACUGGUCCUCCCGCCCUGCGCUUAAUAUCAUCGGCAAAGUGUCGUCAAACUAUCGAUUUGGCGCGCUCGAUCACCAUAAAAAGACCCAUGAAAAUGCUCACAUCGAUCGAAAACCUCAUCGCAACAGUCAAGGACGUUAAUAUAGGACCAGCGAU